AAAUAGCAGCGCUGGGUUGUGUGCGCCACCAGCGCACUGGGAUAUCACCUUGUGAGGACGGGCUGAAACACAUUGCUUCUUGUCCUGAUCCACAAACAGACCGUAAAGAUGCUACUCAUAACAGCGUGGACAAUGGUGGUGGCAGUGAUGUGGUCCACUGUCUGUGGUACUGACGUGACUCUGGAUGAACGCUGGGUGGAGUUUAAGGAAGAGUACAAUCGGAUGUACACGAGAGAAGCCGAGGCAGCCAGGCGUGCUAUAUGGGAGAGAAAGGUGAAGGACAUUGAGAGGCACAACAAGGAGGCGGACCAAGGACUACAGAACUACUGGAUGCAGGAGACUCAGUGGGAUGACAUGACGUACGAGGAGUAUGUUGCCUACCACCACGGCGAAGACAUCGACGUCAACACCAUGAACAGAGCCAAGAGAGCGAACAGAAACGGCACAGGGGAUUGCUUCAAAGACGAAGUAUGGACAGCCUCGUCAAACCCGUACACCUUCAAUACCUCGGACGGUUUACCAGAGAAUGUCGACUGGUCCAAGAAGGGCUAUGUGACGAGUGUUAAGAAUCAGGGAAGAUGUGGAUCGUGUUGGGCAUUUAGCGCAGUUGGGGCGCUGGAGGGCCAGCAGUACAAGAAGAACAAGAAGUCUGUUGAUCUAUCCCCCCAGGAUCUUGUUGACUGCUCUUCAGCUCAAGGAAACAAAGGUUGCGGUGGCGGUCUUCCCACCGGGGCAUAUGCCUAUGUCAUCCUGGAAGGUAUCGCUACAGCAAUAUCAUACCCCUACAGAGGAGUUGUCGGGCCAUGUAAGUCUAGAGCUUCGGUCAAGAUUGGGCUCAAUAUCAAAGGCUACAAGACGCUGAAGCAGGGAUCGGACGCCAUGUUGAAGAACGCUCUGGCACACAUUGGGCCUAUAUCUGUGGGAAUCCAGACAGGACCGCGGCUGCAGUCCUACAAGCGAGGUGUGUUCAGCGGCUGUAGCGGUGUUGUCAAUCAUGCUGUGCUGGUUGUUGGAUACACCACAUACAACAAGAUCCCAGUAUGGAAGGUGAAGAACAGCUAUGGACCAGGCUGGGGAGAAAGUGGUUACAUCUACCUCCCAAGAAACGAGACGAAUGCGUGCCAGAUUUCAAACUAUGCCUCCUACCCAACUCUGACAGACGUAGCAAGGGGCCCGGUGCACGCAGGUGAAGUUGCUGCAACUAUCGAUGGUACCGUCGCCGUCGUAUCUACCCCUGCAAUGUUCAUGACGCUCCUCCUGCCAACAUUUUUACUUUAGUGUAACAACGUCCAUCAAACAAACAGCGGUCUCUGAUGAUUUGUUAU